AUGAACUCUAACGAUCUAUUGUCCGAGGUUAAAGUGUCUUCUUCGGAAGACUCUCAAAUCCUCUCCAAGAGUAACGACUAUGUACACGAACAGAACCAUAUCAUAGAAGGUGACUACGAUGAUGACGAUAAGUCGUCGUCAUCGCAUAACCUGAGGUCUAGGUUCGAUGUUCAAGUCAAGAACAGACACUUACAGGGAUUCAUCGAUUCUUUCAAGAGGGCCGACGACUCUCCAGACCACAAUGACCUCGAGAAGACCACCACCGCACACCAGGAGCAGAAGAAGACCAUGAAGUCCAGGCACGUCAUCAUGAUGUCCCUGGGUACCGGUAUCGGUACGGGUCUGUUGGUCUCCAACGGUAAAGGUCUGUCCCUGGCUGGUCCCGCCUCUUUGGUCAUCGCAUAUGGUCUCGUCUCCUUCGUCACUUACUUCAUGAUCCAGGCAGCCGGUGAGAUGGCUGUUACUUACCCAACUCUGCCCGGUUCCUUCAACGCUUACACUUCCUUCUUCAUCUCAAAGCCCUUCGGUUUCGCUACAACUUGGCUGUUCUGCAUCCAGUGGCUCACCGUGCUGCCUUUGGAAUUGAUCACAGCAGCUAUGACCAUCAAGUACUGGAACACCUCCAUCGACCCAGACGUCUUCGUCAUUAUCUUCUACGUGUUCCUGAUGUUCAUCCACUUCUUCGGUGUGCAGGCCUAUGGUGAAACAGAAUUCAUCUUCAACGCUUGCAAAAUCCUCAUGAUCGGUGGCUUCAUCAUCUUCGCUAUCGUCGUCAACUGCGGUGGUGCCGGUAAGGACGGCUACAUCGGUGGCAAGUACUGGCACGACCCAGGUGCCUUCGCAUCCUCAAACGGCGCAUCCAGAUUCAAAGGUAUCUGCUACAACUUGGUCAACGCAUACUUCUCCUACGGUGGUAACGAACUGUUCGUCUUGUCCGUGAAUGACCAGAAGAACCCAAGAAAGUCCACCCCAGCAGCAGCCAAGAGUAACGUCUACCGUAUCGUGGUCAUCUACUUACUAACAAUGAUCUUGAUCGGUUUCGUUGUCCCACACAACAGCUCUGAACUGCUAGGUGCCAGCGGCGGUAACGGCUUGCACGCAUCCCCAUACGUCUUGGCAGCCUCCAUUCACGGUAUCAAAGUCGUCCCACAUAUCAUCAACGCAGUCAUCUUGAUCGCAUUGAUCUCAGUGGCCAACUCCUCCUUAUACGCCGGCCCUAGAUUACUGAGCUCCUUGGCUCAACAGGGCUACGCCCCAAGGUUCUUGAGUUACGUCGACAGAAGAGGCAGACCUUUGACCGCUUUGCUACUUUCCGCUUUGGUCGGUGUCAUCGGUUUCGCAGCUACCUCCCCAAGAGAAGAAGAAGUCUUUACGUGGCUCGCUGCCAUCUCAGGUUUAAGUGAACUGUUCACAUGGACCUCCAUUAUGUUCUCACACAUUAGAUUCAGAAGAGCAAUGAAGUUGCAAAACAAAUCGCUAGACACAUUGGGAUACAAAGCUAACACUGGCCUGUGGGGUUCUUACUUCGGUGUAGGUUUCAAUAUCCUUGUGUUUGCUGCUCAAUUCUGGGUCGCCCUAUCUCCACCAAACUCCGGUGGUAAAUGUGAUGCCAACUCCUUCUUCGCAAGUUACCUAGCCAUGCCAAUUUGGUUGGUGUUCUAUUUCGGCUACAUGUGCUGGUACAAGGACUUCACUGUCUUGACUGAUUUGAAUCAAGUGGACUUGGAUAACCACAGAAAAGUUUAUGACCCAGAAUUCUUGAGACAGGAAGACCUGGAAAACAAAGAAAGAUUGAGAAACUCAUCGUUCUUGGUGAAAAUCUAUGAGUUCUGGUGUUAA